UAGAAAUCAGAUGCUUUUAUGACGACCCAUACCUUUUCUCACAAUCGUAGUUCAAACACGAACCUAUGACCUUCCGUUCCUUAGUUGGAACUUCGAUCUCUCGGCCACGUUCAUGCUUUUAGUAUUUCGCAGAAAAAUGCUACCGGAAACAUAAUACUAGCAAACAAGUUGCUCGAGCACAUGUGAAGCAUUGUAAUUGCGAAGAAGGAAGAACAUUUUGUGAGGAAUACGCUAACUUCAGAGAAAAAGCAAGUGACAGCAAGUUCAAAGCAAGAAUCGCUUCGAUACAUUCGCGAUCUUGGAUGUUGCUGGCUGUUAUUCACGAAAAUCAAUCUAUAAAAUAUAAGAAGUCAUCAGUAAAAUAUUAUAAAAGGAUGUCCGAAUCACUUGACGAAUUUGAGAAAGGUCAUUGCUUAGAAUUUGCUAGAACAUUUGACCAGAUGUCACGUGAAUUUUCGAAGAGGGGUAAAGCAGAAAGAAAAGAUGCACAGUUGCGCAAAAAGGAGGAAUCUGCAAGCCUGAAGGAGGCAGCUUUUUAUUCAGAGACAGCAUCCUCAUGUAGAAAAGCAUUGCUUUCUUUAGUGGCUGAUGAGCACGUGUGUGAAUGAUAUAGCAAAAUUUUAAACUUUAUUUGCUGAUUGUGUAAUUAAAUUAUAAAUUUAUGAAUAUUUUGCAUUUUAUUUAAUAAUUUAAAAAUUUUUUGACGGUAAGAAAUAAAAUUAUUUAAAAACUGUUUGAGUAGCGAGAAGUGUUGAAUGGUCAACUUUUAAAACUGCAAAUACGCUUGACAAAACAGACGACUUCGCAGAAUGGGUACUUCAGAUUAAUAAAGGCCACCAAGGGGAAUUAAUGCACGUUUAGAAACUACAUCAAAUUCCUUGGAAGUGAAGUAAUCUUUGUUGAGUAGUACGAUUUUCAUUAGUAUAUGAUGACCACGAGAACGAAUGAUAUUAAAAAUUGUAUCUGCUGAUUUCAUAGGAUGUGUUAAUUAUGAAUAUUCUGUAUUUAAUUUCAUACUUAGCUUGUAGUAAGAAAGGAAAUAAAAUAAAAAAAAAUA